GAGCUGUGGUUGGUCUGAUCUGAUUUCCGUUUUUGAACUUUACGCCUAACAAAGUUGUAUAAAGUUAUAGUUAUGGAGGUGGCUCGGCCUCUCAGAUUCACAUCUAUGACAACAAUGGAGCAUUUUCUCUCCUCUCCCACCUCCCAAACUCCAAACCAUCAACUACCCUUUUUUUCUCGGCCGAUUUUGAGUCCGAAAAUCACUUUUUCAGCUCCCAGGAGAAUAAAGCUCCUGACAGUCACUGCGAAGAAAAAACCGGCCAUCGAAGGCGUAAGCCAGGGGCUUAAUCUGAUCGCUUCUCAGAAUCUUGACCAAGCUCCUGCUCGCAGAAGGGUUCGAUUGGCUUUCACUGAGGUUCAACAACAGCUUGAUCAUUGUUUGUUCAAGUUGGCUCCUUCCGGGAUCAGAACUAAAGAGUGGUAUGAGAGGAAUUCAAGGGGACUGGAAAUCUUUUGUAAGAAAUGGAUACCAGAACAAGGUGUUCCAGUCAAAGGUGCUUUGUUCUUUUGCCAUGGCUAUGGUGAUACUUGCACUUUCUUCUUUGAAGGUAUUGCCAGGCAUAUUGCUGCAGCUGGGUAUGCCGUUUAUGCUUUGGAUCAUCCAGGCUUUGGUCUUUCUGAAGGGCUGCACGGUUACAUUCAUAGCUUCGACGAAUUAGCCGACAAUGUCACUGAAAUCUACAGAAAGAUUAAACAAAGACCUGAAUUGAAAGGUUUACCCCAAUUUAUAUUGGGACAGUCCAUGGGGGGUGCUGUUACUCUCAAAGUUCAUCUAAAGGUGCCAUAUGAAUGGGAUGGAGUGAUACUUGUGGCCCCUAUGUGUAAAAUUGCAGAAGACAUGAAACCUCCACCACCAGUUUUGAAGAUAUUAACACUUAUGUCAAGAGUAUUGCCAAAGGCAAAGCUUAUUCCACAGAAAGAUCUAGCUGAGCUUGCCUUCCGAGAAGAGAGGAAAAGGGAAAUGGCCGUCUACAACGUGAUAUGUUACAGUGACCAAACAAGACUAAGAACAGCAGUGGAACUACUUGAUGCUACUAGCGAAAUUGAAAGGCGUCUGGAGGAGGUCUCAUCUCCAUUGCUAAUUCUUCAUGGAGCUAAAGAUAGAGUGACAGAUCCUCAAGUGAGCCAAUUUUUGUACGAGAAGGCCUCUAGCAAAGACAAAACUCUUAAACUAUACGAAGAAGGUUAUCACUGCAUUCUUGAAGGAGAACCUGAUGAGAGAAUUUUGACUGUCCUUAAUGAUAUUAUCACUUGGCUGGAUUUUCGGAGUUCUUAUAAACAGAACUAAUUAAACCUCCUUGACCAUUCAUGUUUUACUGCUCUUCUUCUUUCUAUUUCUCCCAAGUUGUUAUGCAAGUUUGAAAACCCUUGACAUUCUGUUUCUUUAACUAUCUUCUUCUAUGUCCAUGUAUCAACCUUCCCCUCUUUAAUAAAAAGAAAAUCACAUCAAAUCUUACAAGUA